UUUUACGGCAUCCUCAUUUAAUUGAUGUCGCUGCCUUUUGUAAAAGACCACCACAUGCUCCAUUUUUUCGGACGCUGGAUUUUACAGCGUCACAAAUCCCAGUUGGCGUCUUAUUCUAUAAACAGUGAAAGAGAGGAUUCAUUCACGAUCAAAUGUAUUUUUUAAGACCGGAGGCUGCCUGCCGCCGCCGCGUCUACAAAAGAACAGGGCUAUUGUCCCAAAUCAACUUCUCUGGAAGAACUAAAAGAAGAAGAAUAUGGUUGUCAUUUCUUAUUGACUUUUAUCUCUGCUCCCAAACAAUGACGCUAAGCACCUGCGAUUAAGACUAUAAAUUAAUGAGAGCAGUGAAAGAAAGCAUUCUUGUUGGACUAGUUAAUCUUAUAUAAUUGAGUCUCCUUUGAUGUAACACUUUAUUCCUUAACGUAAUUCUAGUAUGCUACUUAUUCUCCCAUCAAUAUUUGAACACGUUCAUCUUAACCCUCACCUUCUGUAUUCUAUGUAGAGUUCUAAAAGAAGCUCAAAAGUGGUGCAUAUGUUCAUAGAUUGUCAGAUUCCAUAAUUAAGAGACUACCAUAAGCUUUGUAGAGUUAUCUUUAAUAUAUUGCAUGUUUUAUUAUAUCUACUUAAGCAAAACUGUUGACUUUCUCAAGUUCGUAACCUUGACUUUUCUUUUGGCUCGGAGGUAUGGUUGCCCCCUGCGAUAUCAUAUGUCUUCGUUUUGUCGAACCAUGUUUUAUCUUUGAGAGCUUCACGUGGUUUAUGUUUGACUUUGCAUUUGUGUUCAUACUCACGUUAACUUGUGAUUUAAAAUCAAUAACUGAAAGACUUUUGCGAAGGACUAUAUCAUGUCACGUAACGUUACAGCAACAUCCCUAUUAAGAAGUAUAUUCUUGUUUUUAUUAUGGAGAAUAGCAAUAUCUACGCACCAUUGACUUGUUAAAGUCUUUCUUUUAGUCAAUGAUUUGGGUUUGCUUAUUUGUUCUCUAUUUAUCUUUCAUAACUUAGCCAACGAGUUUCUUUAUUUCUCUUGGGAGUUAAAGAGAAUAUGGAGAACUAUCUUCGGCUUUUAUUGGCGUUAUUUGCAGCUUUUGCCAUUACUAGUUUUAUUCAAGCUCAAGAACAACAAGGGUUCAUCAGUUUGGAUUGUGGGCUACCUGCAAAUGGACGGUCCCCUUAUAAUGAUACUUUUAGCAGGCUGCACUUCUCCUCGGACGCAACAUUCAUCCAGAGUGGAAAAACUGGUAAAAUUCAGUCAACUCUGGUGAGUAGAUUCAUGAAGCCAUACACAACGCUGAGGUACUUUCCAGAUGGUAUACGGAACUGCUACAACCUGAAUGUGGAGAAGGGGAGUAAAUAUCUGAUCAGAGCUACUUUUAUAUACGGAAAUUACGAUGGUCAUGACAUUAAACCAGUCUUCGAUCUUUAUCUUCGACCUAAUCUAUGGGCCACGAUAGAUUUGGAAAGAGCGGUGAAUGGUACACGGCAAGAUAUGUUACACAUCCCAACAUCAAACUCGUUGCAGAUUUGUCUUGUUAAGACUGGCGAAACUACACCACUAAUAUCGGCUUUGGAAUUACGGCCAAUGGAAAAUGUUUCUUAUAGCACUGAAUCUGACUCCCUGAAUCUUUACAACAUGUAUUAUCUUAGCAAGUCAGGAUCUCAGAUACGGUACUCAAGAGAUAUCUAUGACCGGAUAUGGAGAUCAUACUUUAAGAUGGAAUGGACGCAGAUUUCCACCGAUCUCGAUGUGGUCCAUUCCAACAAAUAUGCUCCACCGAUAGAUGCACUAAGAUGUACUAAUGCCAGUGCGCCAUUGACGAUUGAAUGGAGUUCAGCAAAUCCUGAUGCCCAAUAUCACUUAUACGCACACUUUGCUGAGCUCCAAGAUUUGGAGGCAAAUGAAACCAGGGAGUUCAGCAUGGUAUGGAAUGGACAACAUUAUUAUGGCCCUCUAGUUCCGUUGAAGUUAAAUUUACUAACUAUCUUUAAUAAGUCACCAAGAACUUGCAAUGGAGGGAAAUGCAAUGUUCAGUUGAUAAGAACUAACAGAUCAACUCUUCCACCACUACUUAAUGCUUUUGAAGUCUUCACAGUUAUUCAUCUUCCACAGUCCGAAACAGAUGAAAGCGACGUGAGUGCUAUAAAAAGCAUCGCAACAAGCUAUGCACUGAGUAGAAUCAACUGGCAAGGUGAUCCGUGCGUCCCUCAACAGCUCAGGUGGGACGGUUUAAACUGCACCAACGCGGUUGCGUCCAUGCCACCAAGACUCACUACUUUAAACUUGUCUUCAAGUGGUUUAACUGGAACAAUAGCAGCUGCCAUUCAAAACCUUACGCAAUUAGAAAAACUGGACUUGUCGAAUAAUAACUUGACUGGAGGAGUGCCUGAGUUUCUAGGCGACAUGAAAUCGUUGAUGGUCAUAAAUUUAAGCGGGAACAAUCUUAGUGGUUCACUUCCUCAAGCCUUUCAAAGGAAAGGACUAGAGCUAUCUGUUGAAGGAAACCCAAGACUUUGUCUCUCUGAUCCAUGUAAAAAGCCAACUAAGAAGAAAGUUGUUGUGCCAAUUGUUGUAUCAGUUGCUUCCGCAGCCACUGUCAUUUUUGUAGUGGUUCUUUUUCUUGUAGUCAGAAUGAAAAACCCAAGUAUUAUGGAAGGUCUCCAUUUGCUACUGGGGACGUCAAUGGCAAAUGUUACAUUUGCUAAUAAGAAAAGCAGAAGGUUCACAUAUUCAGAAGUCAUCAAAAUGACAAAUAAUUUCCAAAGAGUUUUAGGUAAGGGAGGGUUCGGAAUGGUGUAUCACGGUACUGUAAAUAUUUAUGAGCAGGUGGCUGUUAAAGUACUCUCUCAGUCUUCAACUCAGGGAUCUAAAGAAUUUAAAGCAGAGGUUGAUCUUCUUCUGAGAGUUCACCAUACAAAUUUGGUGAGCCUCGUGGGGUAUUGCUAUGAAGGAGAUAAAUUGGCCCUCAUCUAUGAGUUUCUGCCCAAUGGAGACUUAAAACAACAUUUGACAGGAAAAGGAAGUGGAUCUAUUAUCAAAUGGAGUGUUCGACUACGAAUAGCUUUGGAAGCAGCGUCAGGAUUGGAGUACUUACAUAUUGGAUGCACACCGCCAAUGGUGCAUAGAGAUGUCAAAACUGCCAACAUAUUGCUGGAUGAAAAUUUGAAGGCUAAACUCGCUGAUUUUGGACUCUCCAGAUCUUUCCAAAGUGGAGGUGAAUCUCAGGUUUUGAGCGCAAUUGCUGGUACUCUGGGAUACCUUGAUCCUGAAUGUAACAGUUCAGGUCGUCUGAGUGAGAAGAGUGAUGUCUACAGUUUCGGGAUUGUGUUGUUGGAGAUGAUUACAAACCAACCCGUGAUUAAUCAAACUUCAGAAAUUUUACACAUAACACAAUGGGUUGGCUUUAAGAUCAGCCGAGGUGAUAUUAUUGAGAUUAUGGAUCCAAACCUUGGCAAAGAUUAUGACUCUAAUUCUGCAUGGAGAGCUCUUGAGCUGGCAUUGUCAUGCGCGAAUCCUUCUUCCUCAAAACGACCAUCCAUGUCUCAGGUUAUUCAGGAGCUAAAAGAGUGUAUAGUGUGUGAAAACUCGAGGGUAAAUGAUAAUCAAGGCUUGGAAUCUCAAGCAAUGAGCAUUGGCUUGGACUCUUCGAUGGAUCCCAUGGCAAGAUAGUCCCGAGUGUUGUCUACUUGUGAUACUUAAAAUGGAAGCAACAAAUCAAUAAUAAAUUAUACUUUU